UCGGCAUAAACGCUGUCAUCGCCUGAUCAGACUGCACGUCUCUUCUUCUUCUUCUUCGUUGUCACCAUCGACGCUUGGCUGAUCGAGAUUUCAGUUCGCCGGAAAAACUUACCGAACAACAAAUCGGAGUGGCUACCAGCUCAAUCUCUGAAAAUCAACCCGAGUACUGAGCUGGAGUAAGGUGAUACACAGCUUCACUACAUUUUCCAUCAUGCAGAGUUAGGAACUUAACUUAGCCAUUAGGCUGUUACUUAUUUCGUCUAUUACGACUUGUGUACUCCCUCUCUUGCCCUCUCUGUUCUACGGGGUCUAAGUGAUAUUUACUGGUGGCUCACUUAAUGUAUUGUGCUUCGUUACCGAUGGAGAGCUUGGCGCAACUUGAGGCAUUGUGCGAAAGAUUAUACAAUUCACAGGAUUCAUCUGAGAGGGCUCACGCUGAAAAUAGUCUGAGAUGCUUUUCGGUGAAUACGGAUUAUAUAUCGCAAUGUCAAUACAUUCUCGACAAUUCAUCAAAACCUUAUUCCUUGAUGCUCGCUAGCUCGAGUUUGUUGAAGCAAGUGACAGAUCAUACCCUACCGCUGAAUCUUCGACUUGAUAUCCGGGCUUAUAUUGUGAACUAUCUGGCUACAAGAGGACCGAAGAUGCAAUCAUUUGUUAUUGCUUCGCUCAUUCAACUGCUUUGCCGGCUCACAAAGUUUGGAUGGUUAGAUGAUGAUAGAUUCAGGGAUGUGGUUAAUGAAUCAACAAACUUCUUGGAACAGGGUUCCUCGGAUCACUAUGCUAUUGGCUUAAGAAUUCUGGAUCAACUUGUGCAAGAGAUGAAUCAGCCUAAUCCAGGACUGCCUUCUACACAUCACCGGAGGGUUGCAUGCAACUUUAGGGAUCAAUCCUUAUUUCAAAUAUUCCGAAUAGCGUUGACUUCAUUAAGCUAUCUGAAAAAUGAUGCCACCGGACGUUUACAAGAAUUGGCGCUUUCCCUUGCACUGAGGUGUGUAUCAUUUGAUUUUGUUGGAACUUCAAUUGAUGAAAGCACAGAAGAGUUCGGUACAGUUCAGAUUCCAACUGCAUGGAGGUCAGUAUUGGAGGAUUCCUCCACGCUGCAAAUAUUUUUCGAUUAUUAUGGUAGUACAGAGUCACCUCUUUCGAAAGAGGCUCUUGAGUGCUUAGUGCGAUUGGCUUCUGUAAGGCGCUCUCUGUUCACAAAUGAUGCUACCCGCUCUAAGUUUUUAGCUCAUUUGAUGACUGGAACCAGAGAAAUUCUUCAAACAGGAAAAGGUCUUGCUGAUCAUGAUAAUUACCACGUGUUUUGCCGUCUACUUGGGCGUUUUAGGUUGAACUAUCAGCUUUCAGAGCUUGUGAAAAUGGACGGUUAUGGUGAGUGGAUACAGUUGGUGGCAGAGUUUACACUAAAAUCUCUCCAGUCAUGGCAGUGGGCCAGCAGCAGCGUGUAUUACCUUCUUGGAAUGUGGUCCAGAUUAGUAGCAUCUGUUCCAUACUUGAAGGGUGAUUCACCAAGUCUACUCGAUGAAUUUGUACCUAAAAUUACAGAGGGUUUUAUCAUCUCCAGAUUCAAUUCUGUGCAGGCUAGUGUUCCAGAUGAUCCGACUGAUCAUCCUUUGGAUAAAGUUGAAGUCCUGCAGGAUGAGCUAGAUUGCUUUCCUUACUUAAGCAGAUUUCAGUAUGAAAGAACGGGCAUGUAUAUUAUAAACACGAUGGAGCCUCUUCUGCAGUCAUAUACGGAAAGAGGGCAACAACAGUUUGCUGACAAUUCUGAACUGGCACUUAUUGAAGCAAAAUUGUCAUGGAUUGUACAUAUUAUUGCUGCUAUUGUUAAAAUCAAGCAGUGCAGCGGUUGUAGUGUGGAGACGCAAGAGGUGCUUGAUGCCGAACUUUCUGCUCGUGUUUUGCGGCUAGUAAAUGUUAUGGACAGUGGACUGCAUAGACAGAGAUAUCGUGAAAUAAGUAAACAACGGCUUGAUCGUGCCAUUCUUACGUUCUUCCAGAAUUUCCGAAAGUCUUACGUUGGUGAUCAGGCCAUGCAUUCAUCUAAAUUGUAUGCCAGAUUGAAAGAUCUCCUUGGACUCCAUGAUCAUCUAGUUCUGUUGAACGUUAUUGUUGGCAAGAUUGCUACAAACUUAAAAUGUUAUACAGAGAGUGAAGAAGUCAUUGGUCACACGCUAAGUUUGUUUCUGGAGUUGGCAUCUGGAUAUAUGACCGGGAAGCUGCUUUUAAAGUUGGACACUGUGACCUUUAUUAUUUCUAAUCACACUAGGGAGCAGUUUCCAUUCUUAGAAGAGUACAGAUGCUCUCGCAGCAGAACAACGUUUUACUACACUAUUGGCUGGUUGAUUUUUAUGGAGGAUAGUUCAAUAAAGUUCAAGACUUCUAUGGAACCACUUCUGCAGGUUUUCCGAACCCUGGAAUCAACACCAGAUUCGAUGUUUCGCACUGAUGCAGUGAAGUUUGCUGUGAUCGGAUUGAUGAGGGAUUUAAGAGGAAUUUCUAUGGCUACUAGCAGCCGGAGAAGUUAUGGUCUUUUGUUUGAUUGGCUGUAUCCCGCACACAUGCCACUUCUUUUGAGAGGGAUCUCACAUUGGUUCGACACACCAGAGGUUACGACCCCGUUGUUGAAGUUCAUGGCUGAGUUUGUGCAUAACAAAACCCAGCGCCUUACUUUUGAUUCUUCUUCUCCAAAUGGCAUCCUGCUUUUCCGGGAAGUCAGUAAAUUGAUUGUGGCCUAUGGUUCAAGGAUUUUAGCCCUUCCAAAUGUUGCGGAUAUAUAUGCCUUCAAAUACAAGGGGAUCUGGGUUUCACUGACAAUUCUGUCAAGAGCGCUUUCGGGAAAUUAUUGCAACUUCGGUGUGUUUGAACUCUAUGGCGAUCAGGCUCUUGCAGAUGCACUUGAUAUCGCGUUGAAAAUGACCCUAGCAAUACCCUUGGCAGAUAUAUUAGCGUAUCGUAAGCUUACAAAGGCGUACUUUGGAUUCGUUGAGGUUUUGUGUGGCAGUCAUAUUACCUUCAUAUUGAAACUGGAUACUGCCACUUUUAUGCAUCUCGUAGGUUCCCUUGAAUCUGGACUCAAGGGGUUGGAUACAAGUAUUUCAUCACAGUGUGCAAUAGCUGUAGACAAUCUUGCUUCAUAUUAUUUCAAUAACAUCACAAUGGGGGAGGCACCUUCUUCUCCCGCUGCUAUUCGUUUUGCACAGCACAUUGCAGACUGCCCUAGUUUGUUCCCCGAGAUAUUGAAGACGCUGUUUGAAAUAGUUUUGUUCGAGGAUUGUGGCAAUCAAUGGAGUCUCAGCAGGCCGAUGUUAAGCUUGAUUCUUAUAAGUGAGCAGAUUUUCUCUGAUCUGAAAGCUAAGAUCCUCGCAUCACAGGUGAUGAUCCAAAAUUCUCCUUUCCUUGCUAUUAUACCUGAGUGUUGCUUUUGUGUAUGCGCUGAAAUAUUGAGCCUUAAAUUAAUGGUGCAGCCAGUGGAUCAACACCAGCGACUCUCUGCCUGCUUUGACAGUCUUAUGACAGACAUAUCACGGGGUUUAGAUUCAAAGAACAGAGACAAGUUCACUCAGAACUUGACCCUUUUCAGACACGAGUUCCGCGUUAAAUAGAAUCGCCAUACACAGCCCUUGAGCCACGUUCUACUACAUUAGGGUCUCAUCAGAAAGACCCACAUGACAUAUUGAAUCAGAAGUUCACACUUGCGUUAAAAAAAUCUUCAGGAGUUUUAAAAAAAAAUGGAAAAAACAGAAAGUACUCUCUAGGUUGUGCCAUUGUGGUACUGUACAGUUUUAUGUUUCUCCCUCUCAUAAGCUUAUAAUAUUUUGGUCGUUCGUUGCAUUUGUGGCUUCUUCAAUGUUGGGAUUUAUUUUGUCUACUACCGAAAAUGUUGGCGCUCUCUCUCUCUCUCUCUCUCUCUCUCUCUCUCUCUCUCUCUCUCUCUCUCUCUCUCUACUGUAGAACGAAGUUAAUGUAAAGCAUUGAAAUUUAGGGUUUCCUUUUGGCAAAUGUUUGGGAGAAAUUAGGCCAAAUAUUCUUUGUAUUUGUUUGUGGAUGGUAAACAAAUCUGAAAGAAAAUGCAAUAUU